AUGGCCCAGCAUUUAAUGGGAGGACAAAGUGGUUGGGCCGGUAACAAGGCAAGCUUGGUUGGCGGAUGGGAUAAUCGAAAUGGCGGAUGGGAUAAUCGCAAUGGCGGAUGGGACAAUCGCAAUAGCGGAUGGGACAAUCGCAAUGGUGGAUGGGAUAAUCGCAAUGGCGGAUGGGACAAUCGCAAUGGCGGAUGGGACAAUCGCAAUGGCGGAUGGGAUGAUCGCAAUGGCGAAUGGGACAAUCGCAAUGGCGGAUGGGAUAAUCGCAAUGGCGGAUGGGACGAGUUUGGUUUUGGUUCCAAGAUCGGUGGAUUAGACAGCGGCUAUAGCGUGCAGGGACACGGAGCUAGCUUUGGGCUCGGGAGCGGGUUUGGUUUUGACAAAGCAUACGGUGCUGCCUGGGGGACGGCUAUGGCGUAG